AGGCGGAGUAUCUUAUCACUUUGUUCAAUGUCACCACUAUUUGCGAGAGCAAGAACCUUGGUACCCUGUACAGAAAUGGUUGAAUGGAACAUAAUUAGUGCAUGUAAUAUGUACGCUCUAAGAUUGAUUAUUUUAUAAGCUUUAUAAGCUUACCUCCUCAUCCUGCAAUAUAAAAGGUCUGUACUUGUUAGGGCUCGUCAUUGAGUCUUUGAUGUUCCGUUUCUCCACAACUCUAACCUUACAUGUCCAUUCCUUUUUGUUGUCAUUUAUUCCACUGAUCAUUCCACCAUACGUGUCCAUUCCUUUUUGUUGUCAUUUGACUUUAGGAUUAAGAGUUUGGGUCUAUCUUUGCGAUGGGGUUUUGUAUCUGGGUCACUAAAAUUAAUAAUUUAGGGCUGGGUUUUGGUGCUGGUUUUUGGGGCUCGUUGGUUGGGUUUUGAGUUUUGGGUUUAGACUUUGGGUUUGUUUUCGUGUCGGGUCACAAAAAUUAAAACUAAAAGAUCGUUGAAGGAAGACACAUAUUGUGAACCUAGGUAUUACGACACAACCUAAUAUGAUAAAAUAAAUUGGAAAUUGAGAAAGUUAAACAUAGUUCUGAACAAAAAAUGAUUUAUGAUUUU